AUGUUUGUUUUCCGUGAAUCGGACAGCCUGUCUCCAGGGUCAAAUCUAUUCACCUUUGACGUGCCCUUCGAUGCUUCGUCAACCGAUUGCGGUCAGAUAUCAGAACCACGUAAACAGAAUCUUCGCGUCGGUGUCGGCAUUUGCUACGACAUUCGGUUUUCUGAGAUGGCUCUGAUAUACGCACGCCAACUAGGCUGCCAUCUAUUACUUUAUCCGGGCGCGUUCAGCACUACCACA